AUGCGAGGCCUGACCAUUGCCGACGAGGCUGGCAAAAUCGACGUGCGCAAUGACCUUCCAAUGCCAAAGCCGGGACCUGGUCAGUUGCGAGUUGCAAUCGAGUACGCUGCGCAGAAUCCGCCAGAUGCGUACGCUCUUAUACCCGAGCAGUCCAAAGAUUACCGCAGCAGAGAUCAUGUCCUCGGCAGCGACUUUGCAGGAACAAUCGUGGAGAGCAACGCGAGCGCUGCAAUCGGAUCGAGAGUGUGCGGCUGGGUGCCGGGAGAUACGACGACUACAGGCACAUUCGCAGAGUACACGGUCUGCGAUGCUGCAUUGAGCGUCAAACCGCCAGACCACUUGCCGCUGGACCAGCUCGCGGCAUUUUCAUUUUCCUUUUUUACGGCUCUGCACGCACUGGGAAGCCAAGCAGGGCUUCAGCUCGACCUCGAACCUCUUGGUCAGGACAAUACUCGUGCGGAACAGUCACCCAUCCUGGUGUGGGGCGCGGGAACUGCGUGCGGACAGUACGCCAUCCAGAUCCUUCGCGUGGCAGGCUACCAGAGCAUCGCUGUUGCGGGCAGCAAGUCGCUCGACGCUCUGCAACGUCUGGGCGCGACGUACGCGUUUGGCAGAGAGGAUGAAGCUUCGACUGUGCAACAGAUACGCGCGCAGUGGCCACACCUUGAAAGAGCAUUGGAUUGCCACGCUUCGCCAGAGACGGUGGACGCGUGCUUGCGCUGCUUUGCAACCGAUCAAGAGGCAGGGCGGCGGCGGCGGCAAGUACACAAGUUGCUCCCGAGCCUGCCGUCUGGGCAUGGAAGCGGCAAUGUGCGACAGACUUUUGCGCUGAUUCACGCCCUGCUGGGAAGACCGGUUCCGCUGCUAGCCAUGCUGGGUGAGGAGUACCCGAGUGCAGACGUCUUUGCCAGCGAUCGUCGCUUGGCAGAACGAUGGGCUUCGUACGACCAAGGCCAUCUGCAUCGGCUGCUCUCGAGCGGCAAGAUCAGCGUCUUGCCAGCCAAGACGUGGCCGUUGGAUGACAAGACGGGGCAGCAGGGCUUGGCGGGGGCGAAAGAAGCGCUGCUGAGCAUGUACGCUGGUCACACGCCCAGCGGUAAAGUCGUGCAUCGACUUGGUGAUGCCUAG